CUAAGAUAGACAAUUAUUAAUAAGUGGGAUCUCCUGAAACUGAAAAGCUUCCAUAAGGCAAAGGGCACUGUCAUUUGGACAGAGCAGUAGCCCACAGAAUGGGAAAAGACUUUUUACCAACUCCACAUCCCUUAGAGGACUAAUAUGCAAAAUAUAAAACAGAAGUCAAGAAACUAGACAUAAGAACCCAAGUAUCCAAUUAAAAGAUGGUACAAAUCUAAACAAUUCUCAAUAGAGGCUGAGAAACAUUUAAAGAAAUGUUCAACUCCCUUGCCACCAGGGAAAUGCAAAUCAAAACUAUUUUGAGAUUCCAUCUCACACAUCUCAAAUGGCUAAAAUCAAUAGCAUAAGUUGAUAGCUCAUGCUGCUAAGGAUAUGGAAUAAAGGGAACAGUCAUCCAUUGCUGGGGGAGUGCAAACUUAUAUAGCCACUAUAGAAAUAAAGAGAGUGGUUCCACAGAAAGGAAAACACCUACCUCAAGACCUAGGUAUACCACUCCUAGGUGUAUACACAAAAGAACUCUACAUCCUACUACGGAGGCACUUGCUCAACCAUGUUCAUUGCUACUCUAUUCAUAAUAGCUAGAAAUUGGGAACAACCUAUAUGUCCUUCAACAGAAGAGUGGAUAAAGAAAAUGUGGUACAUUUACACAAUGGAGUAUUUCUCAGCUUAAAAAAAAAAAAAAACGACAUCAUGAAAUUUGUAAGCAAAUGGAUGGAACUAGAAAAAAAAAUCAUCCUGAGUAAGGAAACCCAGACAUAGAAAGACAAACAAGGAUGGCAAUUAACUCUAGCUCCAAGCUUCUCUCAGGAAUGACAUCAGUGCAAAAGUUUCUGAGUUCAUCACGAAGCAUCAUGUCCCUACUUUUGUUUGGUAUAGAGCUUUAACCAUCAAGUUAUUACCAUCUGUUUUCAUGGAUAUUAGAGAAAAUUCAGUCAAAUUACAUUUUAAAUAUCUGCUAGUAGUCAUUCAUUGUUCAACCAAGAGACUGCCUGCAUAAGAAAUUAGCUAGGAAUCAUUUAGCAUAAAGAAUUAUUGACCAGGCUGGAGAGAUGGCUUAGUGGUUAAGAGCACUGACUGCUCUUUCAGAGGUCCUGAGUUUAAUUCCCAGCAACCACAUGGUGGUUCACAACUAUCUGUAAUGGGGAAUUGAUGCAAUGGCCUCUUCUGAUGUGUUUGAAGACAGUGACUAUGUACUCACAUAAAAUAAAUAAAUAAAUCCUAAAAUAAAUAAAUAAAAAUUAUUGACCGACUCCCCUUCAGGCUGGCAUCUUCUGCUGGGCCAGAUCACCAGCUUCUCUGCUCCCCUGAAGACACCAUAGCCUGAAGGCGUCCCUGAAGAACAGCUACACAUAGGAAACAGCUUGACUGCUCUCCUGACGAUGCAACAGUCUGAAGGCCUCUCAGGAGAUCUGCUGAAGCCAGGGUAACAGGUCACCUCUGGAGGCCCCACAGGAGAUCUGCUACAGCCAGGGCCACAGGCCUACCAGUAGACCUGAAGCAACACCAGGACACAAGAGGCAGGUUCUUGACAGACACCCAGACCAGCAAACACUGGCAUAACCAUGUGGCGAGAGGCAAGAACAAGACCAUAAGCAACAAAAGCCAGUAUACUUGGGCAUCAUCAGAACCCAGUUCUCCCAACAUAGCAAGCCCUGAAUACACCAACACACCUAAAAAUCAGGAAGCUGAUUUGAAAUCCUAUCUCAUGAAGAUAGUAGAGUCCUUUAAGGAGUAUAUAAAUAACUCAAUGAAAGAAAUACAGGUAAACAGGUAGAAGCCCUUAAGAGGAAACAAAUAGAUUCCUUAAAGAAAUACGGGAAAAUACAAACAGGUGAAGGAAUUGAACGAAGUGGUCUAAGACGUAAAAGUGGAAGUAGAAACAAUAAAGAAAACACAAAUAGAGGGAACCCUGGAAAUGGAAAAGAGGUCCAUUUCCUGACCUAGGAAAGAGCUCAGAAAUUACAAAUAUAAGCAUCACCAACAGAAUACAAGAGAUAGAAGAGAAAAUCUCAGGUGUUAAAGCAACUUUAGAAGAAAGAAAAUUCAAAACAUAAAAAACUCCUAACAAAACAUCCAGGAAAUCCAGGACACAAUAAGAUGAUCAAACCUAAGGAUACUAGGUAUAAAAGAGAGCAAAGAGAUUCCCAACUUAAAGGGCCAGUAAAUAUCGUCAACAAAAUUACAGAAGAAAACUCCCCUAACCUAGAGAAAGAGAUGCCCAUGAACAUACAAGAAGCCUACAGAACUACAAAUAGACUGGACCAGAAAAGAAAUUCCUCCUGUCACAUAAUAGUUAAAACACCAAAUGUACAGAGCAAAGAAAGAAUAUUAAAAUUUGCAAGGGAAAAGGGCCAAGUAAUGUAUAAGGGCAGAGCUAUCAGAAUUACAUCAGACUUAGCAACAAAGACACUAAAAGACAGAAGAGCCUGGACAGAGGUCAUGCAGACUCUAAGAGAACACAAAUGUCAGGCCAGGCUACUAUACCCUGCAAAACUAUAAAUCAUCAUAGAUGAGAAACCAAAAUAUUCCAGGACAAAACCAAAUUCAAACAAUAUCUAGCUACAAACCCAGCCCUACAGAGGAUUCUAGAAGGAAAACUCCAACACAAGGAGGGUACCUACACCAAAAAAAAAAAAAAAAAAAAGAUAGGGCUGGAGAGAUGGCUCAGCAGUUAAGAGCACCCAACUGCUCUUCCAGAGGUUAUGAGUUCAAUUCCCAGCAACCACAUGGUGGCUCACAACCAUCUGUAAAGAGAUCUGAUGCCCUCUUCUGGUGUAUCUGAAGACAGCUACGGUGUACUUAGAUAUAUAAUAAAUAAAAUAAAUCUUUAAAAAAAAAAGAUAUUAAUUAUCUCAUAACAAAGCCAAAAGGAGAGAAUCACAUAUACACAUAAUGCCACCUACAAAAACAAAUGUAACAGGAACUAACAACCAUCGGUCAUUAAUAUCUCUCAAUAUUAAUGGACUCAACUGACCUAUAAAAAGACAUAAGCUAACAGACUGGAUAUGCAAACAAGAUGCAGCAUUUUGCUGCAUACAAGAAAUACACUACCUCAGAGUAAAAGAAAAAAAGUCCUCCAGCAAACGAUCCUGAAGAAUCAAGCUGGAGUUGACAUUCUGUUAUCCAAUAAAAUAGACUUUCAACCAAAAAUUAUCAAACAAGAUGAGAAAGGACACUUCAUAUUCAUCAAUGGAAAAAUCCAUCAAGAGAAAGUCUCAAUUCUGAGCAUCUAUGCCCCAAAUGCAAGGGCACCCACAUUCAUAAAAGAAACUUUACUAAAGCUCAUAUCACACAUUGAACCCCACACAAUAAUAGUGUGAGACUUCAACACCCCACACUCACUAAUGGAUAGGGCAUUAAAACAGAAACUACACAAAAACACAGUGAAAAUAAAAGAGGUUAUGAAACAAAUGGAUUUAACAGAUAUGUACAGAGCAUUUGACCCUAAAAUAAAAAAAAAUACACUUUCAUAUCAGCACCUCAUGGUACCUUCUCCAAAACUGACCAUUAUAUAAUCAACCACAAAACAACAUUCAAUGGAUACAAGAAGUUUGAAAUAAUCCCAUGCAUCCUAUCAAAUCCCAUGGCUUAAGGCUGGUCUUUAACAAUGACAAAAACAAUAGAAAACCCAUAUACCCAUGGAAACCGAACAACUCUCUAUUCAAUGAUAACUUGGUCAGGGAAGAAAUAAAGAAAUUAAAGGAAUUCAAUGAAAGCGAGGACAGAGUAUAUCCAAAAUUAUGGGACACAAAGUAGUGCUAGAAGGAAAAUUUGUAGCACUAAGUAAAGAAAUUGGAGAGAUCCUGCAUUAGCAACUUAGCACACCUGAAAGCUCUAGAACAAAAAGAAGCAAACACACCCAAGAGGAAUAGAUGGCAGGAAACAGCCAAACUCAAGGCUGAAAUCAACCAAAUAGAAAUGAAGAGAACUAUACAUAGAAUCAGCAAAACCAAGAGCUGGUUCUUUGAGAAAAUCAACAAGCUAGAUAAACUUCUAGUUAAACAAACUACAGGGCCCAGAAAUGGUAUUCAAAUCAACAAAAUCAGAAAUAAAAAGGGAGACAUAAUACAGAAACUGAGGAAAUUUAAAAAAAUCAGAUUCUACUACAAAAGCCUAUACUCAACAAAACUGGAAAAUCUAGAUGAAAUGGAUGAAUUUCUCGAAAGAUACUAUAUACCAAAGUUAAAUCAAGAGCAGCUAAACUAUCUAAACAGGCCGAUAUCCCCUAAGGAAAUAGAAGUCAUUAAAAACCUCCACACCAAAAAAAAAAAAAAAAAAAAAUGCCCAGGGCCAGGUAGAUUUAGUGCUUAAUUCUACCAGACCUUCAAAGACGACCUGAUACCAGUAUUCCUCAAACCAUUCCAUAAAAUAGAAACAGAAGGUACACUACCUAAUUCAUUCUGUGAGGCCACAAUUACUCGGAUACCUAAAUCACACAAGGACCCAAGAAAAAAGAGAACUUCAGACCAAUUUCACUUAUGAAUAUCAAUGUGAAAAUACUCAAUAAAAUUCUUCCAAGCCGAAUCCAAGGAUACAUCAAAGCCAUCAUUAAACAUGAUCAAGUAGGCUUCCUCUCAGGGAUGCAAGGUUGGUUCAAUGUAUGAAAAUCCAUCAACGUAAUUCACUAUAUAAACAAACUCAAAGAAAACAAUCACAUCAUCGUCUCCUUAGAUGCUGAAAAAGCACUUGACAAAAUACAACACCCCUUCAAGUAUUGGAGGGAUCAGGAAUUCAAGGCCCAUACCUAAACAUAACAAAAGCAAUUUACAGAAAACCAACAGCCAACAUCAAAUUAACUGGAGAGAUACUUGAAACAAUCCCACUAAAAUCAGGGACAAGACAAGGAUGCCCACUCUCCCUAUAUCUAUUCAAUAUAAUACUCAAAGUUCUAGCUAGAGCAGUAGACAACCAAAGGGGAUCAAGGGGAUAUAAAUUGGCAAAGAAAUUAAGGUAUCACUUUUUGCAGAUGAUAUGAUAGUAUACAUAUGAGACCCCAAAAACUCUGCCAGAGAAUUUUUACAGCUGAUAACUUCAGCAAAAUGGCUAGAUAUAAAAUUAACUCAAAUAAAUCAGUAGCCUUCCUUUAUACAAAUGAUGGAUGGGCUGAGAAAGAAAUUAGGGAAACAAUACCCUUCACAGUAGUCACAAAUAAUAUAUAAAGUAUCUUGGGGUAACUUUAACCAAACAAGUGAAAGAUCUGUAUUACAGAACUUCCAGACUCUCAAGAAAGAAAUGAAGGUUCAGGUCCUUAAUAAAACCAAACCUACUGGAAACACUGUGUGACACAGUCAAGCAAAUGAAAACAAUUUCAAUAGCUUCAUCUAAUCAGCAGAACAGAUGUUUGUAGCAGGCUGAAUUGCUAAAGCUAAUUUCUCUCUAAAAUGAUAGGAACAAAUUACUUUUGUUCAAAACACAUAUGUCUGAGUUAGGGUUUUACUGCUGUGAACAGACACCAUGAGCAAGGCAACCCUUAUAAGGGCAACAUUUCAUUGGGGCUGACUUACAGGUUCAGAGGUUAUGUGCAUUAUCAAGGUGGGAACAUGGCAGCAUCAAGGCAGGCAUGGUUCAGGAGGAGCUAGGAGUUCUACAUCUUAUCUAAGGGCCUCUAGGAGAAGACUGGCUUCCAAGGUAGCUACGAUGAGGGCCUUAAAGCCUGUGCUCACAGUGACACACUUCCUCCAACAAGGCCAUGCCUACUCCAACAAGGCCAUGCCUACUCCAACAAGGCCACACCUCCUAAUGGUUGCCACGCCUUGGGCCAAGGAGAUACAAGCCAUCAUACCAGCCAUGAUAAGCUGGUGUGGUAGCAUGUGCCUGUAAUUAUAAGGUAAGAGAAGGUAUAAGGUAUAAGGGUGGCCUACAAAUCAAUUUCCAGGCAAGCCACAGUGAUGUAGGUAAGCCCUGUCACAAGCAAACAAAACCCUCAAAAGUGUCCCGUCUCUGCCUCUGCUUGCAGCUUAAGAUGUGAUUUCUCCAGCUGCUCUACCACCAUGCUUCUACUCCAUCACCACAGACUCUUAACCCUCUGAAACCAUAAGCCAACGGAACGCCUCCUAUAAUUCUUCAUGGCAUUUUUAUUCCAGCAAUAAAAAUGUGACCAAGCUGUCCAUCCCAAUCUGAAAAUCAGGCUUGGUAAUUGUGAAUACUGACUUAAUGACAGUAAAAUUUCCAAUAGAAUCCCACUACAUUUCCCAGUUCUACUCUCCUGCCACCAAAGCACAUUCACAGUUACCUGAAAAUGAUUCAGAGACUGCGUCCACUGUCCAUUAAUUAAAAAAGCACACUUAAGACAUGGCCAACUGAAUGUUCCCUCCCACAGUCAGAUCCUGACAGUUGGCCCCUGUGAGUAAGUAUACAGUAGAAAGGACCUUGUGUCUCUGAUCACAUGUAGGAUUUGUGAUGACAGGGUCAGCCUGGUUCAUGUGGAGAUGUACAACACUGGUUCUCAACUUUCCUAAUGCUACGACCCUUUCAUACAGUUCCUCACGUUGUAGUGAUCCCCUACCAUAAAAUUACUUUCAUGACUACUUCAAAACUGUAAUUUUGUUCCUGUUAUGAAUUGUAAUGUAAAUAGAGAUUUGCCAAUACAGAUUUUGUAGGGGGUCACAGCCAACAGGUCGAGAACUGCUGCUGGUCUACAAGGAACCAGCCCCCCUAGUAUCUUGGUUUUAACCCUAAAAUCAUUUUGCAUUCUGGCUUCCCAAAAUUCCAUAGGAUAAAUUGUGUUGUAGGUAAGUCGUGAAGACUGUGUUCACUUACAGCAGCAAGAGGCAACUCAAGGGAACGAACAGCAGCUAUAUCUGCUCUCACUUGGCAUUAUUUCAGGUUGCUUUUAUGAGCAAAGCUUGUCUUACCUAGCAACAGUUGUUAAGUAAGUUGACAACUUAAUGCUGGACCCUGGGAGGGAGAAACUACUCAUCUCUGUCCAACCCAGUGCUCAACCUUGAGAGGCAGAGGCUGGUAAAACCAUUCUUUAGACAAACAGCCACUGCCAAGUCACGAUGAAUUGUUUAGUUCUUGCCAGGCUCUAGUAGAAUCUUGAAGCCCUGCCCCUCCCCCCUCCAGCUAUAGACGUCUAGCUUCUCUUGAAACCAUCAUUAUUUUUUUUUCUGAUCCUGAUAUUAUUUUAACUAUAAGUAGUAAAAGAUAUCAGAGAUUUAACUAUGAUCAGAAAUCCAGAUUUUACUAAUUUUGUUUGCUGUGCUGUUUGCAAUAAAAUAAUUCCACCAGCCCCUUUCGGGGAGACCUUCAAACGGAUCCAUGAGUACAAGCCAUUUAAGACACGCUUCUACACUCACAAAGAUAUCCUGGAAAUUGGGGACAGUAUUCUGAACCAAGAAGAGCAGUUUCAAGAGGCUGCGCUCAAGGAAACCAUUAAAAAAGCGGAAGCCAAAGUGUGGGAAAAGGCUGAAACGCUCCAAAGACAAGCAGUGGAUCAAGCACUUGAAGAUGCAGAUGCCAGACACAAAUUUGAAAUUCGAGUUCUGGAAGAACAACAUCAAAAAGACUUAAAGGCUCUAGAAGCUAAAACCAAGGUGGAGAUGAUUCAGCAGAUGGAUGACGAGCUGAAGAGGGAGCACACGGCUGCGGAACAGCGCAUGGUCCAUCGGAUCCAGAGGAUCAUGAUGGAGUGUCACCGGGAGAAGAUGGAGGCCGUGCAGAAAGCCAGGGAAGAGGAGAGAGAGAUUGCGCAGAAAGUUAUCGAGGACCAGAGAAGCAUAGUCCUGGAGGAACUUGUGACUACUGGUGUAACAGCUAUUAAAGACCAGAAGGCCAGCUUGGGUCAGUUGAUCAAAGCAAAGGAGCAUGAAAUGAAUGUCUACUACGGCAUUGCUCAAAGGCAGAAGCAAGAAGAAGUGCAAGAAGUGCUUCAAGAGAAAGAAAAAACACACCAGGCCACCCUUGACAAUGUGAUGGGCAAACUGGUCAAUACCCAGGGGGAGCUGCUGUCGGUGGCAAAGCAACUGGGAAUCAUGACAAACUGGAAAGAUUUUCUGGAGGAGGAAUUACAGGAAACCAGGGCCGCAUUUCAGAAGUAUAUCAAUUACACCUUUCCCAAGCUCACCCCGGGACAUGCCGACUUCAUUCUGCCAGAAAGAAAGAAAACGCCUUCCAGGCUUGCUAAGGAAACUGAUAAGAGUACUGAUUAGAGGUCAUUGGCCAAAAGGCCACUAGAAAAGACGUCAUUCCGAAACUAAAUAAAUGUACUCAAAACCGACUGUCA